UUCGGUCCGCUCUGCUAACACAGCGCAUGGAGCGUAGACACAACUCUGCAGCAUCUGACCCAAUGACCGCACAGAAAGGACAAAAAGUUCAUUAAAAACUCAUUCUUCCCAGUCUACGGGCGAAUUACGAAAUGUGGCGGACACCAGGAACUAUUUGAGGGAGCGAUAAGGGUUAACGCUGCGCCUCGUUAAGCAGCACAGGCCAGUCUAGGCUGUUAAAUCCCACAGCCGUCUGGGGACUCCCUUCCCCCUCAUCCAGCUUCCGAUGGAGCCCCCCUCACUCGUGUCUGCUGCCGGCUGAGGGAGGAACCAGACUCACUCUCAAGGGUCACUAUAAAAAGUCAUUCACAGCUGCAGCUCCGCCAGACGGCUGCACUCCACACGUGUGAGACAGGAGGACGCAGAGACGAUGGACAGAGCCGCAGAGGCAGAGAGGCAGUGACAGAACAGAGGCGGAUCCUGGGUCACAGGUGGACAGCAUCGCGACAGCCUAGGACGCUCACCUACCCGCUGCCCUCUGCUACAUCAUGUCUUUUGCAAUGCUCCGCCAUGCCCCUCCUGCCCGCUUCCUCUACCCGGACAUCAGCAUGCUCUCCGAUGAUGAGGACAGCGGCAGCGACAGCUCAGGCUGCGGCGACAAAGGCUUCCAUCACUCUAGUGGCGGUGGCAAAAGGGCAGAUAAAAAGUGUCCGCGACUGCAGCGAGAACCACGUCAGCGACAUACGGCCAACGCCCGAGAGAGGGACCGGACCAACAGCGUCAACACCGCCUUCACAGCCCUGCGCACACUCAUCCCUACAGAGCCCGCCGACCGCAAACUCUCCAAAAUAGAGACUCUACGACUGGCAUCAAGCUACAUCUCACACCUUGGAAAUGUACUACUGCUCGGAGACACAUGUGGAGAUGGGCAACCCUGUCACACGAGUGCCCCAUACUACCAGCUUCACCCGACCACAGCCAGCCCCAAGCACAGGGAGCACGAGCAAGGCCAACCCAAACAGAUCUGCACCUUCUGCCUCAGCAACCAGAGGAAGAUGGGCAAGGAUCGAGAAAGGAAGACGACCAUCAGAACCUAGUGAAGGCUGCGGGGGAGCACAGACCCCCAGCGACAUCCUGAAACCACACAGCGUGCCAUAAGGGGGAGAAGAGGCGCCCCCAAAUCCAGCGCCCCCCCGAGCCUCCUCGCCGGACGAAGCGCCGCCUUCUCAGAAUAAGAGCUAGUGGAGGUCAAGGGGUCGCGCAUAUCCCAGCCGUGGACCAGCGACUACACAGAUAAACCUGUAUCUAUGGAGGUCACCCCCCAGAUAGAGGGAACCUGAAGGGUCACUCCUCAGAGACACUAUGUAUGGUGGGGGGCACAGGACUGGACCCCCCAUGUGUACCUGUCAUGUCUGUCAC